GUCAAUGUGAAAGCCAAUUUAUAAAUAGGGUUACCCUUCUACAAUCACUUCUUUUCCAAAAACCAACUCUCGUCUCGAUUUCCCUACUGCAUAUUCAAAGUAUGGCAACCGAUCAUGACACUGACACGAGCGAAGAUGAUGGUCUGAUGGCUCAGGCAAACGAGCAGCUUCAACGCGAGCUGCUCCAGAGUCAGAAAGCCACUCUUCUUACAUACCGAGCCGCCCGACGUGUGGUACCUCUCGGCCUCUCCCCCGGCUACGUCAAAGACUGGACGCCAGUGGAUGCUUUUCGGGAAGUGUAUCAGAAUUGGUACGUACCAGUCUCUUCCGCGGCACAAACGCUAAUGAAUACAGGAAGGAUGCCAUCAUCGAAAGAUUCAAUGUGGACCGCCAGAGCUUCCUACCAUUCUUGGAAGACCACGGCGAUCUUCUCUCAAUCAUUGUUCCCGAACCACACCUUGCCGACAAGCCAUGGGAGCAUGAAAAUCGACGCGCGUUGGGUUUCAUUCGGUACGACAAAAAGACCGGCUGCAUCACGAUCGUAAAUGCAUGCAUGCAACUACCUAUCGAUGCUUUGACCAUGGGAUUCUCAACCAAAGAUGCGCACGCUGCCCAUGAGCAUCCGAUUGGACGUCACGGCGACGGUCUCAAGCUGGCGGCCCUGAUCCUCUCGAGAGAUCGCUAUACCGUAAGUAUCGCCGCGAGUGGUUGCAACUGGAGGUUUGACAUGCACGCAGACACUGCUUCAAUAUCUUGUACGGUCGCACCCUCUCAGAAAACCAACUCCACCGAGUGGACCGACCCCGCCCUGGACAUGGCAAGUUUACGUUACCGAGCGGGAAGAGAUGUGGCAGUGGUGAUCGGCGCGACGCGGGCCCAGUCCAGCCGACCGGUGGGGCCAGACGCGUUUUUGGAAUGGCUCCGCUUGGCGACGAUCGACAUUCGCGGCCUCAGCUAUCCUUCCAGUCUCAUCACCACCGCACAUGGCGACUUGAUUCUUGAUCCCCACCUGCGAGGUCAGCUCUAUCACAAUGGGAUCACCUUGACCAAUUUCCGUGUGGGCGGCAGAUUCCUCUUCGCGUACAAUUUUGCCUCUUUGGCCACCUGCCGCGAUCGUCACCGACCGAAAUCCUGGCGGGCUGCGGCUCGUCAAGUGCAACAGAUAUGGGAAGAAGCUCUAGGCAAGCAGAAAGACACCGUCUUGCCUCUACUUGUCGACCUAUUGCGGAAGCAUGCGCAUUCCGCGGAGGCUGAAAUGAUAGGCCCCCGUUUAGAGCCAUCGGCGCGGCGCCAGAUCUGGCAACACCUGCUGGGCGAGUCAGCGGACAAAGACUUCUUUUACAGCGAGAGAAGCAAUGACCAAGCACGAACACCAUCCGUGAUAGCCUUGGCAAGCGCCUAA